AUAUCUCCCGUCGAAAGUGGGGAAGCAUCACAAAGCAACACUCGCCUCUGUGUCGGAUAAGCCACUUGUCUGUGACUGGCCUGGGUGUGGGAUGUCGUACGUACGACAACGGAAUCUUGACAAGCAUAUCCUCACACACAAGCCGAAUCGCGAUACAAAAUUAACUGCCCAAGUCACGAAUGUAUCCACUAAGCCGUAUGUAUGCAAUUGGCCAGGAUGUGCGAUGUCCUAUAUGAGGGAGAGCAACCUGGCUAAACACAUGCUCACACACACCACGGCUACAGAGGGUAAAGGAGCAGAUAAAGAUACGGCCCAAACGGUGACAGUGGGUGGCGAUAGUGAUGCCGAAGCAAAGAAUGCAGUUGAGGUUGCCACGGCUGAUGGGUAUGUACGCUGA